CCAUAGGAACAAUUAAAUUUGUUUGCUCAAUGAAAAUUAUAAGCAAAGCAGUUUGUUGAAGAAUUAUUUCACGGCAAGCAACGCAAAAAGAUAAUUAAAUAUAAUUUUGUUUCAUUGAAUUCACGUAAUUUAUUUGCUAAGACUCUUUUCAUCAAUAAUUGUAAAGGACUUACACGUAAGCAUGGAACAAGCAGGAUCAGCCACAACUUUGGAACUCGCUCCUGACAAAAUGUCCGCUCCUACUUCUUUAACUGAGACUACUUCACAUACAACAAACAUAAGUGAUAUCCAUAUGGAGAAAAUAAAACUGAUGUUGAGUACAUUUGAUCCAACAAAUUCUUCGAAGGAAUUGGAUGAUAAGCGAAUACUUAUUAGAAAUGAGUACAUGAAGCGAAUGAAUGCGGCGCCAAAGACUUUAGUGCAGAAAACCGAAGAAAAAAAGGAUCCCAUUGAACGUCAGUUGGAGGAAAGCGAGCAUAAGUUGAAGGAUUUGUUAGAAUUUGGUCAGGAGUUGGUGUCGAAUGUUAAGGUGGCGAACGAGAAGCGCGAACAAAUGCGUCGUGAUUAUGAGGUUGAGUGCAGCCGAAUACUGAAAAAAGAUCUCGAAAAAGAAUCUAUUGAAUCGAUAGCACGCUUCAAUGAAAUCGCAUCCAAAUGGUCGGAGCUGGAGGAAUUCAAAGAACCGAUGGCAUUAUUUGAGCAAUUGGAAGAACAAAAGGAAAAAGUGGCUGCGUUGAUGGCGAGCAAAGAUAGUCUAAUUGAUCAGUGCCAGAAAGAGGUUGAUCGCAUAAAUGCCAAGUACUAUGCCGAUCAGUUGGCUCAAGCAAAUGACGUGCGCUGCUUGGUAGAACGAAUCAAUCGUCAGAUAGAAGUAAUCAAGAUGGCCUACACAAGUCAUUUGGAAAUAUUAGAGCAGACCAUUAACGAAGAGCGCCAAACGAUCGCCGUCACGGAGGCUAAUAAAUGGAAUAAGUUCUAUGAUGAUAUGGCAGAAAGUGAAAAAACGAAAUUUGAUCUCGCGAAACAGAAGGAGGAAUUUUAUGCCGCGGAAAUAGCGCGUAUUACUGCAAUACAGGAGGAGCUUACAUGCAGCACCCGCAUACGACUUGAGAAAGAGGCCGAAAUGUUGGAGUGGGAAUUACGGAAGGUUCGCAAUACAGUGUUGAUGAACUCGGAGAAGUUAGACUACAACUAUCAGGUGCUCCAAAAACGCAACGAAGAAAACAUAGUCAUUAGCAACCAGCAGAAGCGUCGACUAGCCAAGCUUAAUGAGAGCAUUGUCUCGUUAAAACUUAAGAUUGCCGCUAUCAAUAAACAACAUAAAACCAAACUGCAGCGUUCCGUGGCUGAAAUACAUAAGCUGCAUGAGAGCAUAAGUGAACUCGAAGUGAAAGCGCAACAGUUUCGAUCGAAUAACAAACGAAAAUUCGAUCUCGUCUGGGAAAUUAACUUUAAAGAACUGAAAGACCUCUUGACGAAAAUCUACGAAAUUGAUCGCGUAAUAUACGAGCAACAGCUGGCAAUGCCCUGGUCCAUGCCCGACAUUGAUUGGACUGACAUUAAUGAGGUUUCAAGUAAAGAGAACAAAAGUACUCUAAAAGCGGCUAAAAAAGGACACGGAAUCGCUUACACACGUUGUACAUAUGAUAGCGAAGUAGAGAAGAGCCUGGUCCGCAAUAUUCUACGAAAGAUAGCUGAUCGCGCUGGUUUCCUAAUUGAAGAGAAACUAUUCAAGAUACUGGAACCCUAUACGGAAGAUGACAAAUGCAUCGUGCGUCUCCACAACAUUUUCAUUGCGCUACGUGUCGAGAACGUGAAGAUGAUCUCCACGUUGAUCGAUUGCUUUCUUCCGUACGCCUACUGCCCGAACUGUUCUGACGGAUUUCCGAAAAAAGCAAUGCGCGAUUUUUAUAGGAUCGGUCGUGAAUUUGAUGAUUUAGCUUCUCAUGGUGAGAGCGAAACAACUAAAAAGGAUAGUUUACCAUCGGAAAGUGAUCUUGAAAAUAAAAGUAAUGAAUGCUUUGAGAAAUUAAGCGAGCACCCGUCAUGUAAAAACCACUACUUGGUCAUAGAACCAGUGUUUGUACUUACGGCACUGAAUGAUUUCACUAAACGGCAAAUGCAGAACAAAAUGGCAUACAAAAAAAUCCUUGAAGCAAAUGAAUUACUCUGCAAUACAAUAACAUUUGAUCAGGAUACCAUUAAGUCAUUCUGGAGCAAAUUUAAGGAAUAUUUUCCUAAAGGGAAGCGAAAGCUCUGGAUUACAUUGGAGCAUGGCUUGAAUCACUAUGUUGAGGUGUUAAAACAGCGCACCAAACUCGAUGAGGAAUGUGUAUUCUUGCGAAGGCAGAACAUGGAGUUGAAACAUCUUUUGCAAAAGUUUAAGGUGUAAUUUGGUUUGAGCUAAAAUGUUGCUAAUAACAAUAUAUUUUUGUAUACCAGACGGUUUGAAGUU